UGUUUUUGGGUUUACAAACUGCUUUUUUCACACUCUUAUUGAUUCCUCCUCCAAUCGCAUUUGUUUUGGCUUUUAUAGCUUGUAUAAUUGAAUCUGUCAUUUUUGUUCUUAUAUUUUAUCUUGUUGCUACUCCAUCUUGGCAAGAUAAAUUGUUUGACAAUGUUUUGAGGUUAAAAGGAUUAG